AUGGAGCCCUGCGAGGCUGCGGGCAGCUGUGGCGGCGGUGGCAGCGUGGUGGCGGAAGUGCUGAUGGAGGAGUGGUGGAGGCGGCAGGCGGAGGGCGAGGGGCGGCUCAGGGAGGUGGAGAGCCGCCUACGUGAGGCCAGCGUUGAGGUGCAGCAGCUGCGUGGUGUCGUGGAAAAGUGCGAGACGCGGGGCGGCGAGGAUGGCGUCGCGGUGCAGGGGCUGCGGGGGGAGGUGAAGGCCCUGCGCGCAGCGGUGUGCGGCCUGGACCACCGCAGCACCUUGGCGGAGGCGGCGACGGGGCGGCUGGAGGCCCGCCUGGCCCACCUGAGCGACAGGCUGGCCGGGGCCACGGCGGACACCCAGCAGGCUGUGGCCAGGCUGCUGGCGGCUUUCGCCCGGCGGGUGCUGCCCCACGCCGCCGACGCCGCCGCCGCCUCCCCGACGACGGCCACGGCCACGCCCGCCGCGGCGGCCGAGGGGCUGACGCUCCCCGCCGACAGAGCCAGCACGAACACGAAGACGACCAGCAACGACGCCACGCAGCACACGACGACGAUAACGACCACGACGACGACGACGACCAAACCGGCCGAACUAGAGUUCGGCAAAGCCUUCCCCGACAACACUUCCGCCGGCGAGAACGCUACGACACCAGGGAGGAACGGGGCGGCCCCCGGGGCAGGCGGGGCGGCAGAGGUGGCAGGGGGGGCAGAGGGGGCCGCUGGGGCCGCGGAGGCCGAAGCAGGGACAGGCCCGCGCCGGAGACCAGGGAGGCGCUCCCGCCUCCGCCGGGCAUCAGGCACCUGCCGGGCGUCACGCCCAGCCCCACCACCUCCGCCCCCGCAGGGUGUUACGCACAAGCCGGGCGUGUCCUGGGCUGCGAGGGUCGCCGGUCAGCCGCAGGCGGCGCGGCAGGUCACCAGUGAGCCACGGCAGGCUGAAGAGGCAAAGAAGGUGCCAGAACAGGCCACCAGUGAGACACAGCAGGCUGAGCAGGCCAAGAAAGUGCCAGAACAGGCCACCAGUGAGACACAGCAGGCUGAGCAGGCCAAGAAAGUGCCAGAACAGGCCACCAGUGAGACACAGCAGGCUGAGCAGGCCAAGAAAGUGCCAGAACAGGCCACCAGUGAGACACAGCAGGCUGAGCAGGUCAUCAGUGAGGCACAUAUAGCGGUGCAGGUGACCAGCGAGCCACAGCAGGCACAGCAGGUUAAAGAAGUGUCUAACAAGGUCACCAGUGUGAGACGAAUACCACCGAAGGUCACCAACGAGACUGAAGAGGUCAAAGAGGUGUCUGACAAGGUCACCAGUGUGAGACGAAUACCACCUCAGGUCAGCAGCGAGCCACAGAAGACCCAACACGCCAAGGAGGAGACAGAGAAGGCCACCAGUGAGCCACAGAAGGCACAGCAGGGUCAGGAGGUGCCAGAGAAGGUCGUGAAUGAAGCGCAUUCAUCGGAAGUAGCGUCUGGACCCAAAGUGACCAAAGAUUCCAACAUUAAACCAAAACUGUCGCAAAAGACCAACACUGAAGAAGCUGAGAGGACAGCGGAGGUCACCGAUGGUCCGAAGGCGAAAGAGGUCAGGAGUGAGACACAGCUGACAGAAAAGGUCAGCGAGGAAUCGAAAGUGACAGGGAAGAACAGCAAUGAGAAAAAAGCGAAAGCAAAGGUCAGUAAAGAUCCCAAAGCGACAGAGGAGGUCAGCCAUGAACCUAAGGUGACUGAGGAGGUCAGCCAUGAAUCCCAGGUGACAGGAACAGUAAGAAAUGACCCAAAAGUUAAAGGAAGGGCGGAGAUGUGCAUGUGA